AUGUGGCAAAUUGACUACAAUCAAUUACGAAUCGGCAUCAAAAUUGGAAUGGGUCAAUUUGGUGAAGUCAAGCGUGGUCUAUGGAAAAGAAAAGGUGUAGUUCAGCCAAGUGAUGUAGCUAUAAAAAAUUUGAAAUUGCGUGAUGAAGAAUCGAAUGCAUUCGCUCAAGAAAUUCGUGCAAUGAAAAUUCUACGUCAUCGCUUUCUUGUUUCACUUUAUGAAAUCACAUUAGAUCCGAUGACAAAUCAUAAAUUACUAAUAACAGAAUUUAUGAACAAUGGUGAUCUUAAAAAAUGGUUAGAAGAACAACCCAUAAUGCCAUCGAAUGACGUGCUCAUUAAUUAUGCUCUACCGAUGUGCUUGGGUAUGGCUCAUUUGGAGCGACGCAAUUAUGUUCACAGAGAUCUUGUCUGUCGUAAUGUUCUCCUACGUGAUCAAUAUGCAAAAAUAAGUGACUUCGGAAUGGCAGAUAUUGUCGAGGAAGAUCCUUAUGCGCAGCAAAAAGCACGAGGAAAAUUAGAGUUUAGGUGGACAGCACCUAAAAUCUUUACAGCCAUGAAUUAUACGAGUAAAGCCGAUGUUUGGUCAUUCGGUAUUUGUCUUAUUGAAAUGUGGAACAAAGGCGGUCAACCUUAUUCGACCAUGAAAAAUUCCAAAGAAAUCAUUGAAAAAGUCAGACAAGGUCAUGUGCAUGAAAAGCCAACAAAAUGUCCACAGGAAUACUACACCAAAAUUAUCACGCCGCAUCUUAAAAAGGAUAGAGAUGAGCGACUAUCAUUUCAAGCAUUAAUCAGCAUCCUCAAAGCACUGCGAUCAAACAGAGACGACAUGACUAGUGGCAUUAAGCAAGUCGAAAAAUUUCACAAGUUGAAAACAUAUUGCGAUUCGGAGAACAUCAAUAAAAUAACAGUAACAAAUACCGUAACUCAUCAAGCUCAAACAUCGUCACCAUAUUACAUUGAUGCAGUUGCCAAUAAUGUCGAACAGAACAACAUAUCCCUCUUGUCGGCAAUGCAGAAGCAGAUCAAGACAAUUUUAAACCACAAGCACAAUCUAUGUAAUGAUAGUGCCAAAGCAAGUUACAAUGAAUACGAAUCAAUUGAUAGUAGCUCUGAAUAG